GAAAGGGGGAAGGUUUUCUAGGGUUCCUGGGGCUCUAGGGCAGAGGCAGUCGCGAAUCGCGAUGGGGAAGCACGAAUUCAUGACGCCCAAGGCGAUCGCCAACCGGAUCAAGGCUAAGGGCCUCCAGAAGCUGCGCUGGUAUUGUCAGAUGUGCGAGAAGCAGUGCCGCGACGAGAACGGCUUCAAGUGCCACUGCCUGAGCGAGAGCCACCAGCGGCAGAUGCAGAUCUUCGGCAUGAGCCCCGGUAAAUUCGUAGGCCAGUUCUCGCACGAUUUCGAGUCGGCAUUCAUGGAGCACAUGAAGCGCAACCAUCGCUCCAGCCGCGUCGCCGCCAACGUCGUCUACAAUGCCUACAUCCAGGACAGGACCCACGUCCACAUGAACUCCUCGCGCUGGGCGACGCUCACCGAUUUCGUCAAGUACCUCGGCCGGACCGGCAAGUGCAAGGUGGAGGACACUCCCAAGGGCUGGUUCCUGACUUACAUCGAUCGCGAGCCCGAGACGCUCCUCCGGGAGGGGCAGAAGCAAAAGAGGAUCGCUGCCGAGGCCGCCGGGGAGGAUCGCCACGAGAGGGAGAUCGUGUCCAUGAUCAAAAAGGCCAAGAAAUCGUCGCAGCACCAGCCCGAGGCUGGCUCCUCGCAGCAGGCCACCGAGAUUGACAAGGAGGUCGAGGCCGGAGAAAAGAUCGCGUUUUCCUUCGGUGGCGCUUCGAAGCCGCCGGUGGCGAAGCCGGCCUCGAUCGAGAGACACGAGGAGCACAAGAGCGAGGAGAAAAAUCCGGUUUUGGCCGCUGACACUCCUCCGCCCAAGUCAAAGGGAAUGGGAGCUCUCGACGAGCUCAUGAAGGAGCAAGAACUCGUCAAGGAGAGGAAGAACCGAAAGGACUACUGGCUCUCCGAGGGGCUCGUCGUCAAGGUGAUGGCCAAGAGCCUGGCCGAUUACUACAAGCGCAAGGGGGUGGUGAGGCAAGUGAUCAACAAGUACGUGGGAGAGAUCGAGAUGCUCGACAGUGGUCACGUACUCAAGGUGGAUCAGGCGGAGCUGGAGACCGUGAUCCCGCAAAUCGGCGGCCUUGUGAAGAUCGUCAACGGGGCUUACAGGGAUUCCUUGGCCAAGCUCGUGUCGAUCGACGAGGACAACUUCUGCGCGAAUGUACACAUCGAGAAAGGUUCGUACAUUGGAAGGCUUGUUCCAGGGAUCGCGUACGAGGACCUGUGCAAAGUCCACGCAUAGAGAUGGAAGAACCAGCGGAGAUGAAAUUAUGCUUCGAUCGUUGGAACCAUUUCAACGAUGUACCAACAGUAAUGGUAUUGUUUCUUUCGUUUUCGUUU